CGUAGCGCCGCUCCCACUCGGAGCAGCUCCUGGCGCAACCCGCACGUAGCUCAUUGUAGCCACAAUGGCAACGUCAUCUGAAGAAGUGUUGCUGAUAGUGAAGAAGGUGCGUCAGAAGAAGCAGGAUGGGGCCCUGUACCUGAUGGCUGAACGCAUUGCGUGGGCACCCGAGGGCAAGGACCGCUUCACCGUCAGCCACAUGUAUGCAGACAUCAAAUGCCAGAAAAUCAGUCCAGAAGGUAAAGCUAAAAUUCAGCUGCAGCUGGUAUUGCAUGCAGGGGACACAACCAACUUCCACUUCUCCAAUGAAAGCACAGCAGUGAAGGAGCGAGAUGCAGUCAAGGAUCUUCUUCAACAACUGUUGCCCAAGUUCAAAAGGAAAGCUAAUAAAGAACUUGAGGAGAAGAACAGAAUGCUGCAAGAAGAUCCUGUUUUGUUUCAGCUCUAUAAAGACCUUGUUGUGAGCCAAGUAAUCAGUGCUGAAGAAUUCUGGGCCAACCGUUUAAGCUUGAAUGCAGGGGAUAAUUCUGCAGCACCUAGUAAGCAGGAUGUGGGCAUCUCUGCAGCAUUCCUGGCUGAUGUACGGCCUCAGACAGACGGCUGCAACGGGCUGAGGUACAACUUGACUUCAGAUAUUAUUGAAUCCAUAUUUCGGACAUACCCUGCAGUAAAAAUGAAAUAUGCAGAGAAUGUUCCACAUAACAUGACCGAGAGGGAAUUCUGGACACGGUUUUUUCAGUCUCAUUAUUUUCAUCGGGACAGGCUCAAUACAGGCUCAAAAGACCUCUUUGCAGAAUGUGCCAAACUGGAUGAGAAAGGGUUAAAAGCAAUGGUGUCUCAAGGAGUGAAAAACCCCCUGAUAGAUUUAACAGCUUUGGAAGAUAAAACAUUAGAUGAAGGCUAUGGUGUUGCUUCUGUGGCCUCUACAUCAAAUGCCUCAAAGUCUGCUAGAGAAAGUAGCAAUGCUGCCAUCAUAAAACGCUUUAAUCAUCAUAGUGCCAUGGUCCUUGCAGCUGGCCUCAGGAAACAAGAAGCACAAAAUGACCAUUACAGUGAGACCAGCAGUACGGAUGGAAACUCCAGGGAUUCAGAUUUCUUUCAGCCACCACUGAAAAAGGUAAAACUGCAGGAGGCCAUUGAAUACGAAGAUUUAUCAAAGAAUAAUAGCAUUAAAACUAUUGCACUAAACUUAAAGAAGUCUGAUAGGUAUUACCAUGGUCCAACUCCAAUUCAAUCACAGCAAUAUGCAACCAGUCAGGAUAUAAUUAAUUCAUUUAAUAGUAUUAGACAAGAAAUGGAAUCAUAUGUACCCAAACUAACUCAGGUUCUUUCAAGUGGUGAUGCUGCCAGCACUAUUGCAGUCCUGUCACCUGGAGGAGCACUUAUGCAGGGUGGAACACAGCAAGCCAUAAACCAGAUGGUGCCAAAUGACAUUCAGUCUGAGCUAAAACACUUGUAUGUGGCAGUAGGGGAACUGCUACGACACUUCUGGUCCUGCUUCCCUGUUAACACGCCAUUCCUAGAAGAAAAGGUUGUGAAAAUGAGGAGCAACUUGGAAAGAUUUCAGGUCACAAAGCUCUGCCCAUUCCAAGAAAAGAUUCGGAGACAAUAUUUAAGCACAAAUUUGGUAGGUCAUAUAGAAGAGAUGUUGCAGACAGCCUACAAUAAGUUCCACACGUGGCAGUCCCGGCGCAUGCUGAAGAAGACGUGAGGGCACGUCCUGUACAGGUCUGAGAGCAAAGCCUGCAGUAGGGUAGGACUCCAGCCUAGCUCUGUGCACAUCUUAGAGUUGUUGCAGGAAGACCUGCAAGCUGUGGACUUCUGGAAACGAUGCUAACUGAACUUGCACAUUUUUGAAAAAGAACUGAGAUUAAACUUGAAAACUAGGGAGAAAAAUAAGGAAGAACCAAAACGGAAGAGCUGAGGCGCAAAUAUAUUUAAAAGACACUGUUUACUGCAGUUACUCAGGAACUGCUUUUGAUUUGCAUAAAGAGCUGCUUUCAGAAAUAAAAAAAUUUAAAGAGGGUGUAUUAAUAAAA